CAAAAAUCAGGGUGCAGAAACAUUUUAUGAAUCAAAUAAUUACAGAAACACCCCAAAAAUAUUUUCCUUAUGUAGUCAAUGAUAAUAACUCGAUUUAAUAUGAGGUUUUACGUCAAGGUAGUCGUGAAUGAACUCGUCCAAGAACGUAAACAGGAAGUGUUGAUACAUUGCAAAGUGGCACAUUUUCUAUCGGCUAAGGAAAUACUUGAGUGUUCAUGAUUUAUGAAUUUUAACACGAAAAACUGAAUGUCAUUGAACUAACUGACACUUAUUGUACAUGCUUCGACCCUUGGACAAGUGGGAGUGCUCUCGCUGCUAUCAUGCUCGCUUUCUGAUACGUCGUGCAAUCUUAUUUUGAAAAUUGUCAGUCAGUUAAUGAAGCGAAUAUUGUCAGUUAUAAAGCGAAGAUGGCGUUUUCAUAUUUAGAAAUAUUCAAGUCAAAUAUGUGCCAUUGUCUUUAUUGGCCAUAAAACAUAUUAGAACUUCGUAGCAUGACCUGUGUUUCCUGAAUAUCGUUUGAAUGGGGAAACUGUUUGAUUAGAGAGCUUACUACAGUGCUUCUACGAAAAGCACUAGUAAGUCAGCUACAAUGGUUGACCGUAUUUGCUCAAUAUGGUUUUGGUUUGGCUCGAAUCGUCCGGGAUUCUUUCUUGGAACAACGUUUCUGUUAACUCUGAUGGUGCUGAUGUGGCUUGGUGGUAUUCCAGCCAGUCUGAGUUUAGGCCCAGGUGGACAGUACCCAGGGUGCCAAGAUCUGUCACUCUAUGCCUUUAGUCAUGAGGAGCUGCCCUCUCUUCUCUACAACGCAAUUCUCCUGCUGUUGCUUGGACCAUGCCAGGAGCGACGCUGGGGCACAGUGGCUUUCCUUGCCCUCUCACUCCUCUCCAUAGCUCUCCUGCCUCCACUGUAUGCCAUCCUACUCUUCAUCAGUGGGGAUGAGGCUAGUCGUGUUUGUGGUUCCUCUGCCACCCAACUGGCUCUGUUUACAGCCCAGUGUCGUCAGGUGACCCAGAGGAAUUUGCUCAGAUGUGUACCAGUUUGGUUCCUGCCCUGGCUUCUCUUACUCCUCAAUCUGGUGUUGCUUCCAAGCACACCGGGCAUGCUCCAUUUCUGUGCCAUACUGAUAGGACACAACUAUCGUCCAUCCUUUAUUGGGGUUUUGCAGAAAAUAGAGAAUAUUGGGAUUUUCAACUUCCUCCCUGAUUGGGCCUAUGUUCCUUACUACUCCAGGUUAAGGCUUCCCACCUAUAACACCUCACAGAGAUCUGGGCCAUUCCCUCAGGUAGCUCCCUCUAACAGAACCCCCAUGGAGGACUUUCCACCCGUGAACCCACAGCCUUGGUUAGCGUCUGUUCCUCAUUGGCUGCUGGACGGGUCUGCAGCAGUGUCAGAGGCCCAGUUAUUGGAGGAGCAGAUGCUGAGGGCGGGGAUAUUGGCCUCCUUACAGGAUGCUCCUGAGGAACCAGGGACCAAAGUUGAGGUGCCAAAGUCAUCAGUGUCCUUUCUGAGGCUUCAGCAACUGGAGAAGAUGGGGUUUCCUACAGAUAAAGCUGUGGUGGCACUGGCUGCAACUAGACAGCUAGAUGGCGCCAUCUCCCUGCUCAUUGAUGACAGAGUUGGGGAGGAGGCUGUGAUGACAUCCAAAGGGAAGAUCCCCCUGCCACCAAGAAAUACCUGAGGCCUGUAAGAUCAGCACAUGGUGGGCAACUGGACCUUGGAACAGAAGGUGUGAUUUAGCAUGAUGAUAUUGGUAUUUUCUUGAGUUUUGCUGAGCUGCACUUGUGUUAAAAUGUACCCUGUGGGCUAAAAGGAAAAGACAGAGUACCCAAAUAAAUGUCAUUAUGAAAAAAAAGUAAAUUGGCCUGUUAAAAAAGCAAAACAAUUAUUUAUUAUAAAAACCAUCUAGAAUAUUAUUUUAGCACAAUAACACAUUAGCAAGCAAUAUCAAAUAUGCCCCAAAUGGAAAAUACAUAUGAUGUUCAGCAUACAAAACAAUAAGCUUCUAUUUAUAUAGUUUUAAAUAAUUCACAACAUUUGUAUUAUAAGAUAAUGAAACAAAUUAUCAAAGAAGCAGUUUUUUUUUUACUGUGACAGGGAAAUCAGUCUAAGUAUAAGAAUGUAAUAGUGGUACAAAGUUACACAAACAUGUAUUCAAGUUGCAUCAACAGGUCCUGUACUACUGUGUGAUGUGUGUGCGUAGGACUGAAGCUGCUGCAGGAGAAAGAUACACCUGUCCCAUGAGUGGGGGUUCUUAGAGAUGUCAUUGCUUUAGCUUGUGGGUUUAAAAUAAGUGAACUACUGCCAGUUUAUGCAGGAGCUGCAGUUUGGGGUUUGAAAUAAAUGCAGGAAUUUGAUCACAUGUCAGUUUUGGUAAAGGAGAUACUUAGCUAUAUGGGUAUGAGUUUUGUAUUCCAGCACUGCUGUUGAGAACAAAUACUGUCUAAGAAUGUAGAAACAGGUAGCACAUAACUGCAUUUUUUUGUGCACCAACAAAUCUACAAUAAAAUGUGAAUAAAAUAAUUACAAUUCAA